AUGAGAAUCGCGUCUCACCUCGCAGCCCUCGCAGCAACCGCCGCGCUGCCCUGGCUCGCCUCGGCCGUGACCAGCGCCAACUCGACAUCAUCCGGCCCGGACAAGGACGGCAAGUACUGGAUUGAGGGCGACGGGCUGCGCGCCGCCUUCAUCCCCUACGGCGCGUCCGUGUCCAACAUCCUGAUCAAGGACCGUCGCGGCGUGGAGCGCGACAUCGUCGCCGGCUGGGACAACGCCACCUACUACACCGAGGACAAGCUACACCCACACUUUGGCGGCGUCCCCGGCCGCUACGCCAACCGCAUCAAGAACAGCUCCUUCGUCCUCGACGGCCACACCUACCACAUCCUGCCCAACGAAAACCCGACGCCGGGCCACCCGGACGGCGUCGACACCCUGCACGGCGGGCCCGACGGCUGGGACUGGCGCAACUUCACCGUCGUAUCCCACACGCGCAACAGCGUCACCUUUAUGAUCCUCGACCCGGACGGCAAGGAAGGUUUCCCGGGCGAGGUCAUCUCGUACAUCACCUACACCCUGCAGGGCAUGGACUGGCACAUCAAGAUGAUCGGCCUGGCCACGACCAAGCGCACGCCCAUCAUGUUGAGCAGCCAUACGUAUUGGAACCUCGACGGCUUCGCCAACGACGAGACUGACACGGCCCUUAACCACACCCUGCACCUGCCCUACAGCGGCCAGCGCGUCGCCGUUGACAACAUCCUCAUUCCCACCGGCGAGUUCUGGGCCAACAAGAACGGCUCCGUCAACGACUUCUGGAGCCAGCCCAGGCAGAUUGGCCACGCCAUGGGCGAACCGGACCUCGUCAACAACUGCGGCUUCAACUGCACCGGAUACGACAACUGCUUCCUCGUAAAUCGUGACCAUCUCGGUCCUUUUGACUGGCGCACCGAGGGCCCCGUCGCCCGCCUCGCCUCUCCCUGGUCCGGCAUCGGCAUCGAUGUCUACACCGACCAGCAGGCCUUCCAGGUCUACAGCUGUAACGGGAUGGACGGCACCGUCGCCCUAAAGCAGACACAGGGCAGCGAUAAGUUUGCCCGCACCAUUUCCAAGUACGGCUGCGUCGUCAUGGAGGUCCAGGACUACAUUGAUGGCAUCAACAACCCGGAGUGGAUGCGCGACAGCCGCCAAGUCUUUGGGCCCGGCGACGACCCUUACGUCCUCCAGGCCACCUACAAAUUCAAGGUCGACAAGGACUAG